AUGGCCGCGGCCGCCGAUGUUCGCGACAUGCUGGAUCUGCCCGCAGAAGGGCAGCCCAGACCACACAAGAAGCAAAAGGUGGUGGAAAAGCGACCAGAGGGUAUCACUCGCGAACUGUACGCGCUCCUAGGCGAAAGAGCGCCCCCAAUCGCGAUAAAUGAGAAUAAAUACAAAGGUCGACCAAAAUGGAUGAACAAAUUGCGCGUCCGGCCGUGGAGCAUGGCACCGUUCACCAACAACGCUCGUUCCGAUGGCCUGGUUCUACACCAUUGGCAGAGAAAACACGAGUCGGCAAGACCCCCCGUAGCGGCGCCGGCACCUGAAGGGUCUCAGAUGGAAGUUGAUCAACCGAAGGAAGAAGCCAAAGACGAUGCGCCCAAACCAUCGGAGCAGGAAUACGCUUUCGCCAAAUACAACAUCAAACCGCGGUUACCCCAGCGAUACACAGACGAAGACUAUGCGCGACACCUUAAAAGCGAAGACUGGUCUCGCGAGGAAACCGACUACUUGGUGGAUCUGGUCACCGAAUACGAUAUUCGAUGGGUGGUCAUCGCGGAUCGAUACGACUACCAACCGCCAAUGGACACGGAGCCAGACGCCAAUGCGAUUGUACCAGCAAAACAGUUCCGGACAAUGGAGCAGAUGAAGGCACGGUACUACUACGUUGCUGCGACAAUGCUUUCAUUGGAACACCCACCAUCCGAGAUGUCGGAGGCAGAGUUUGAACUACACGAGAAGAUGCUCAAGUUCGACCCAGACCGGGAACGAGAUCGCAAGGAGCUGGCCGCCCUCCAGCUUAACCGCACAGCUGACGAAGUCCGUGAGGAGGCAAUGCUCCUGGAGGAGCUGAAGCGCAUCACUAGUAACGAACAGAGCUUCAUCACCGAGCGCCGCGAACUCUACUCUCGCCUCGAGGUCCCUAUCAGCGUUGGAAACACGACCAUGUACCAGUCCAGCGCAGGCCUAUCCCAACUCCUACAAACUCUUUUGCAAGCCGACAAGAGCAAGAAACGCCGCUCCAUCCUCGGUGAUGGCGCCAUCCCCAGUCCCGCUGGCCAGACACCCACUCACGCCGGUGGCCUCGGCCGCGCCGAAACCCCUGUUACCCAAGCCGCAAACAAGAAGGGCUCCAUGGCCUCAAGGGAUACCCAACAAAACGUGCGAACCCUCACCCCAGCCGAGGAAGCCAGGUACGGCGUCCAGCACCACGAGCGUGUUACAGCAGGUGUCAACUUCCGAAGCGACCGUGCCCAGCGCCUCACCCAGGCUAAGUCCAAUGUACAAACUCAAAAAUUGGCCAGCGCCCUCUCCGAACUCGAGAUCCCCGUCCGUCUCUUCAUGCCUACCGAACGCGUAUGCAAGGACUUCGAGAAACUUAUCCAGUCCGUCAACCUACUACUGGAUGCCCGAAAGGUCUCUGAGAAGGUUGAAAGCGAGAUCCGCGUUCUCGAGGCUGCCAAGGCAGAGCGCGAGCGCAAGUACAGAGAAGCCGCUGGUAUUCCAGAGCCAGAACAUCCUCACCCACAGGUAAAGACCGAGGCUGAGGAUGGUGACGCAGUUGUUUUGGAUUCAUCUGCCGGUAGUGCUCAAGCCCAGUCCACAAAUGAAAAUCCUGCUACACAAGGUCAUGCCCACGGUGCCGAAGGGAACCACAAGCGCUCUGCUAGUGUCCUAAGUGGCGCAAGUGAGAGCAACAAGCGGCAGCGGAGAUAG